AUGACGGGCAGCACCUCCUCAUCUGAUCAAUCUGAGCGCGGAUCAAGCUAUCGAUUGGGAACGGCGACUACUAAUGGCAGCAGGCCUGUGAGCCGCACGAGCUACACACCUUCGUACAUGUCGAUACCUCGAAAGCCCACCGAGCAAGACCGCAAGACCAGUGCUCUUGCAGAAGCUCAAGCGAAACCCCCUUCGACAUCCUCGAUCGCUGCAGAGCCUGUGCCGUCGUCCGGGCCACCUGGUAUACUGCUUGUAUUGGUCGCGAGUGGGCUACAUCCGUCGAUCCUGCAGCACCUCGAGACAUUGCUUAUGAGACAACCCUUUACUGGCAUUGUGUUUGCUGCGAGGCGAGAGCAAGAGGCGGAAGUGAAACAAUUGAAGAUGGAUACGUACGCUCUCAUCGGCAAACUUCGCCGAGAGAUCAGUGUGGAGACACAGCUCAAGGAGAGCUGGAGUACAACAGAUGUCGAGGCGAUCCGCAGCGAGGCCACUAGAUUCGGAGCUGGAAUCCAAGGUGUUCUCUGUUGCCCAGAGUACGCUGACGAAGUCGACGAUCUGGACAUUUUUGAAGUUGAAGAGGGCGUGAUGGAGAAGUCGUGGCGGCAAAGUGUGACAUUCUUACACGCAGCAAGUAAGGUCAUAGUUCCGCACUUGUUGACAAGAAUUACAAACAUCAACGGCACUGCGAAUGGAAAGCCUCUCAAGGAACCACGAGGGCCCUUCUUCAUUGUUGCAAACUCCAGCACGCACACUUCUGCAUCUCAGAUUGCGAAAGCAGCAUCAGACGCGCUUGUACAUCAGCUGCAGGCAGCCACAAAACCAAAAGGGUUGGCUGUUGGCUAUGCCGAAAAUCUUCUGAUCCCAGAUCCGGUCCGGAAAGAAGAGACCAAGCCAAGUCUCGAGCCAGUCAUCACACAGGCAAGCUACGGCGCACCGGUGCCAGACUAUGACUUCUCAGCAGGAGAGAGCCCAACGAAGCUAUACUCUAUGUGGGCUAUGCAGGAACAGCUCAACUAUGCGGAUUGA